GGAGUUUCGAAAACGGAUCGUUUUUGGGAUAACAAGUUAAUCAUCAUGAUACGUGGUACUGAAAAAUGCCUUAUCAUAAUGAUAAUAUUGAUAAUGGCAUUCACAUCAAUUAUCAAUCCUUUGGAAGCGAGUGAUGACGUGGAUGUUCAAUCCGAUGAUUCUGACUAUCAAUUCAAUCGAUUUGUUAAUCCGAAUUUUGUUUCUAAUAGAGGACUGAGAAAAAGGAGAAAAGGUUCAAACCAAGACAACCAAAAAACGUCGUGUGAUUCCGGAAAUUUUCGUUCCAUAUUCGAAAAUAGAAACGGAUUAUUGCAAGAAAAACCUCACCGAUCAGAGAUGCCCAGGAACUAAAGAGAACUAUGGAUGCAAGAAAAUUAAAGAUCUUAACUGUCACUCAAAGCUUUCCGAACAAGAUUCUGAAGACAGAUGUAACAGUUCUGUACUAGAUCAACGGUGUCCAGGCACUUCUUGGUACUGCACGGUUUCGGUCAACACAACUAACGAAUUAUACAAUAAAGCAUGUGAUGGAGUACUUAAAUUGGAUGGUGAAAAGUAUUGCUACAACUUGAAAAAUGGUGCUUGCCAGAAGCCUAUUUCAUCAACAAGGGAGGAUAAAGCUUUCUGUAAAGAAAAUCCUAACGAUUUGCGAUGCUAUUCAUUGAAAAACGGAUUCAUGUCUGUCUUUCCAAAUUUGGCGUUUUGCACGUGGCUUCGUGAUUUUGGAAAUCAUUGGCCGAUUGAAUGCUCCUUCAAACAAGAAGGUAAACUUGGACAAGGAUGCUUUGAGGAUAAUCAUAAAGACUGCAGCUCUGUUCUUUCAAUAAAAGAAACCAAAUAGUUGUGUAAAGGAAACCCGAAUGGAUGGGAUUGUCGAUGUCCUGGAAGCACUUCUCCCACUUGUCCAAAAAAUGCUACCGCGGUUGCAUCUGUAACUACUACUGCAAGCACAUCCACAACAAAGACAAGUCCAACGAAGCCGCCAACUCCAACAUCUCGUCCGACAUCUGCUCCCACGAUUCCCCCACAGCCUUCCGCAAACUCUACCCGAGCACCGGAUAUUGGAAAGACCCUGAGUACCCAACCACCCAGAAGAACGCCUCAGCCACAUCCAAAGCCACCACCACCACCGCCUCCACCAAUACAUGAAGCGCAACCAGAGGUUUCCGAUUCAAACAAACUCGGAACAACUGCAGCAUCUAGGAAGGAUUGUGAGCAGUCCGAUGAGAACUGCAAGACGCCCACGUCAGCUCCAGCAGAAUCAUCUUCAACUGCAGGAAUUAUUGGAGGAGUUGUUGCUUUGGUGGUGGUAUGUGCUCUUGCAGUGCUCUUCUUCUUCUGCUGGAGAAAUCGUAAGAAGGAGAAGCCGAAGGUCGUCAGGAAAGCACCACUUAGAGCACCCAUCCGUCCCAGACAGCCGCCGAAUCAGAAUAUCAAGCCUAUUACGCCUGCGACUCCCACACCAUCUCAGCCAUCAGAGGAAAAUAAGGCUGCAUUGGCCAAGCAGAUUGAAAUGAUGAAAAUCCGGGCCCACAUGAGAAAGGCAGAAGAGCGGCACAAGUGGGACACGAGAACCUCUAAGUUCAAAAAAAAAGGAGCAAUCUUUAUCCCGAUGGAGCCGGACAUCUUGCCAGCUGGUCCACUCCCCAACGACAUCGUUCUGAAGAAAGUGGAGUAUGAUCCAUCCGGCAAUGAGAUGUUUGAUAUUGGAUCCGAUGUCGAUGACAUCGAGCUGGAUGCGUCUUUUAUUGUGGAUCCAAGCACGAUCACGGAGGACGAGCCAACGAAGAACACACCAUCGACAAAGGGAACGGAGACAACAGAGGAUACAAAGAAGCCGACGGGAGGAAAUAAGAAGAAAUAA